AUGUCAUUUUCAUUUGAUUUCGCCGGUGACGAUAUCUCCGAUAAUGAGCAGACUCCUUCUGUCGUCAAGUCCACAACAACUGCUGCUGCUGCUGCCACCACCAGCGCAUUUCCCGUCCCAGGAAAGCCUCAGCUCCCACCAACUGUUCACCAACUCUCUGAUUUGCUUGCUCAGCUACCGUCGAAGAUCGCUUAUAGCCUUCUGGAUGUGACGCUCGAUGAUGGAACUACUAUCCAGCUAUCACGGAGAGAGUUAUGGGACGUGAGGGUGCAGCUUAUGGCCGAGGAGGAAGACGUUGCUGGUGCCCAGUCUGAAGGCUUGGGAAGCCAUGACGUGAAAACGGGUGUUUAUGAGGGCGGUUUUAAGAGCUGGGAGAGCAGUGUCGAUUUAGUCAAGGUACUAGCUGCGAAUAACGUCACCUCAGCAUUGGUACAAAAGGGGCUUCGAGUCAUGGAGCUUGGAUGCGGUACAGCUCUACCAUCUCUGGCAGUCUUCCAAUGGGCCAUGGCCUCAACAUUCGAAAAGAAGCCACUGUCUCUUAUCAUGGCAGACUAUAACCCUUCAGUUCUCCAGCUCGUCACUUUGCCCAACUUCAUCCUUUCAUGGGCCCUUAACAACCCUCAUAUACCUGCUCUUCAACAAGCUUUCUCAAUCGAGGGCGAGGUCGAGCUAGGCACUGAUGUUCUCGCCGCCUUUGAACAAUCACUCAAGGAAGCGAACGUCACUCUCUCGUUUGUGUCUGGUGCUUGGUCACAGGAAUUCGUCGAUCUCAUAUACGCUCUACCUUCAAGCCCUGUUCAGGAACGGAGCACGCUGCUUCUCGGUGCAGAAACAAUUUACUCUCCAUUUGCCCUCCAGGCCUUCCUCGAAACCCUCUUCUUAAUACUGGAAAAGGAGAAUAAGACCGAUGGAAACGAAGCGGCUGCUCUUGUGGGCGCAAAACGCCUAUACUUUGGGGUUGGUGGUUCACUGGAUGACUUUAUUGACAAAGCACGUCAGAAAGGAGCCCGAGUGGAACAACUCAGAGAAGAGGUAGAGGGGGUCCGAAGAGGGGUUGUUCAGUGUGUUCUUGGACCGACAUAG